GGCAUGGCUCGCUGAGAUUAGCUUUAGCUGUGGUUAACUCCUCCACAAGUGUUCACACGCCACGACUGCUUCCACAGGGUCAAUAUGGACUUAUUCAACAAAAUGUUCAUCGACCAUUUAAGAAAGGAAUGAGAUCACUCGAGAAGAUGUUUCCUCACUCAGGGAAAUCCAUCGUCUUUGAUAGCUUUCCAGAUCCAUCCGACACCUGGGAGAUCAUUGAGACUAUUGGUAAAGGGACAUAUGGGAAAGUUUAUAAAGUGCUUAACAGGGUCAAUGGCAGCAAAGCCGCCGUCAAAAUACUGGAUCCAAUCCAUGACAUUGAUGAGGAAAUUGAAGCUGAAUAUAACAUCCUCAAAACUCUCUCAGACCAUCCCAAUGUCGUCAAGUUUUUUGGAAUGUUCUACAAGAAGGAUGUCAAGAUCGGAGACCAGCUAUGGCUAGUGCUAGAGUUGUGUAAUGGAGGGUCUGUCACAGAUCUGGCUAAAGGUAUGUUGAAAAGAGGAGACCGCAUGGAGGAACCCAUCAUUGCCUACAUCCUACAUGAAGCAAUCAUGGGUCUCCAGCAUUUACACAUCAAUAAGACCAUCCAUCGAGAUGUCAAGGGCAACAACAUCCUGCUCACCACAGGAGGAGGAAUCAAGAUGGUUGACUUCGGGGUAUCGGCCCAGCUUACAAACACCCGGCUAAGGAGGAACACCUCGGUCGGAACGCCCUUCUGGAUGGCACCUGAGGUCAUCGCGUGUGAGCAGCAGCUCGACUCCACGUAUGACGAGCGCUGUGACGUGUGGUCUCUCGGGAUCACGGCCAUAGAGCUGGGUGAUGGAGACCCGCCCCUGGCUGAUCUUCAUCCAAUGAGAGCUCUCUUCAAAAUUCCAAGAAAUCCUCCACCCACCCUACACCAACCAGAGCUCUGGUCAAACGAUUUUAAUGAUUUUAUAUGCAAGUGUCUGAUAAAGGAUUUUGAGCUCAGGCCCAAUGUGUUUGACCUUCUUCAGCAUGUCUUCAUCAAACAGAUUGUGGGGCGAGAGAAGACGCUGCAGAAGCAGCUGAUGGAGCUAAUCGACCUCAACCAACAAAUGGGCGUUAUCGAGAAAACAAGCCAUCUUGGAAUAACUGAAAGGAGAGACAGUGAUUCCAGGUAUGAUAUAUGUACGAACACAAUCACCGAACAGCUACAGAGACGUUAUACAAAGGAGCAGAUCUACACCUACGUUGGAGACAUCCUUAUAGCAGUUAAUCCAUUCCAUAAAACGGAGCUGUACACGCCAGAGCAUUCUAAGAUUUACGUUGGAGCCAAAAGAACGUCCAACCCUCCUCAUAUAUAUGCAGUUGCAGACAUCGCAUAUCAGUCCAUGGUCUCCUGUAAUACUGAUCAGUGCAUUGUCAUCAGCGGAGAGAGCGGUGCUGGGAAAACAGAAAGCGCCCACCUAUUAGUCCAACAGCUGACCGUUCUUGGAAAGGCAAACAAUCGGACCCUCCAAGAGAAGAUUUUGCUGGUCAAUAGUCUGGUGGAGGCCUUUGGAAAUGCCUGUACUGUGAUCAAUGAUAACUCCAGUCGCUUUGGGAAGUAUCUGGAGAUGAAGUUCACAUGUGGAGGCACAGUAGUGGGAGCUCAGAUCUCAGAUUACCUCCUGGAGAAAUCCCGGGUCAUACACCAGGCCGUAGGGGAACGUAACUUCCACAUCUUCUAUUAUAUCUAUGCCGGUCUGGCAGAGAGGAAGAAACUCGGCCACUACAAGCUGUCAGACAGCAAAACUCCAAAGUAUCUCCACAAUGAGAAUGUUAAAUUAGUGCCUGACAUUGUGGGCAAUGCCUUCUAUAAGGAGCAGUUUGAGACAGUGGAGCAGUGCUUCAAAGUCAUCGGCUUCACACUAGAGGAGCUCGGGAGCGUUUACAGUACCUUAGCUGGGAUCCUAAAUGCAGGUGAUGUUGAGUUCACAUCAGUGGCUUCGGAACAUCAGAUGGACAAAAGCAACAUUUCCAACAUGGCAGUACUAGAGAGUGCUGCAUCGCUGCUGUGUAUCCGUGCGGAUGAGCUCCAGGAAGCGCUGACCUCUCACUGUGUGGUCACACGGGGCGAAACCAUCGUCAGGUCAAACACAGUGGAGAAGGCCAUUGAGGUACGGGACGCCAUGGGCAAAGCUAUCUACGGACGCCUGUUCAGCUGGAUCGUCAACCGCAUCAACUCUCUCCUGAAACCAGACAGCCAGUCAGGGGAGGAAGACAAAGGUCUGAACAUUGGUAUUCUGGACAUCUUUGGCUUUGAAAACUUUAAGAGGAACUCUUUUGAGCAGCUCUGCAUCAACAUCGCCAAUGAGCAGAUCCAGUUCUACUUCAACCAGCACGUCUUCGCCUGGGAACAGGAUGAGUAUCUGAACGAAGACGUGGACGCUCGAGUGAUUGAAUAUGAAGACAACCGGCCGCUGCUGGACCUGUUCCUUCAGAAGCCCAUGGGCAUGUUAGCACUACUGGACGAGGAGAGUCGCUUUCCUCAGGCUACUGACCAGACCCUCGUCGAGAAAUUUGAGGUCAACUUAAAAUCCAAAAACUUCUGGAGACCAAAGAGGGUUGAUCUGGGCUUUGGAAUCCAUCACUACGCAGGCAAGGUGAUCUAUAAUGCCAGUGGUUUUCUGGCUAAGAACAGAGAUGCUCUGCCCGCUGAUAUUGUUCUUCUGCUGAGGUCUUCAGAGAAUGAACUGAUCCGUAAACUGGUUACUCACCCGCUCACUAAAACAGGUAACUUGGCUCACACUAAGGGCAAGGCUGCUGGCUCUGCUCGUAUGGGCACACAACAAUCACAGCGCACCAUUAACUUUGCCAAGUUGGAAGGUCUUAUGUUGUUCAGUACUGUAUCAUUCACUGAGUCUUCCUCCCGGAAAUUAACUCCCACCCAUGACAAAUCAAUGCUUGCCUUGCCCGUUGACACUGUACAAACGGCGGAGAGCACGGGAGACACCACACAUCACCCCAGAGAGACCACCAACAUGAAGACUCAAACUGUAGCCUCUUACUUCAGAUAUUCUCUAAUGGAUCUGUUAUCAAAGAUGGUGGCAGGCCAGCCUCAAUUUGUGCGUUGCAUAAAACCCAACAAUGAUCGUCAAGCCUACAAGUUCGACAGGGAGAAGGUUCUGAUUCAACUACGCUACACUGGUAUUCUAGAGACAGCUAAGAUACGCAGACAGGGCUACUCUCAUCGCAUUCUCUUCAAUAACUUCAUUGAGAGGUACUCUAUAUUAGCAUUUAGAGCCAAUGAGGAGCCACCAAUGAAUCCAGAGACAUGUGCUGUUAUUUUGGAGAAGGUCAAACUAGAGAACUGGGUUCUGGGCAAAACAAAGGUCUUUCUUAAGUACUAUCAUGCAGAGCAGCUGAAUCUGAUGGUGAGGCAGACCACAGACCGGAUUGUUCUAGUCCAAGCAUAUGUACGAGGCUGGCUGGCAUUCAGACGAUACCGUUUGAUGCUGGAAAAGAGAGAACAAAGUGCUGUGGUGUUGCAGUCAGUGUGCAGAGGAUACCUGGCAAGGCAGAAAUACAAGGAGUUACUAGAUGAGAAGAUCAAAGCUGCUGCAAAGAUCCAGGCCCAUUACAGGGGACACAAAGAGAGGAAAAGCUUCAAGAGGAAAAAGGAAGCCAUGCAGAAGGAAAAAGCUGAGAAGACGGAAGAAGUGGUGGAGGCCCCAUCAGAAUCAGAAGGUCCAGUUUCAGAGGAACCUCCACAGGAAGGAGGUGAAGUGGUAAUGGAUGAUGCUGAUGAAAAGGCCGCUGUGGUCCUCCAGAGCAACUACCGAGGUUACAGAGAAAGGAAGAUAUACAAGGAGCGUCGGGAAUGGAAUAAGACCUUGACCGGGGAAGAGCUGGCCGUUUCCUCAUCCACCCCUGAAGAAGCCACUUCUGGAGAAAAUUUGGAUGUUAUACAAGAGGAAGUACAGGAGAAUAUAGAGGAAGAAGGGAAGGAGGCUGAGGAAGAGGCGGCGAGUGGAGGAGAUGAGAACAAUGAACAGGAAACCAAGGCAGCCACUGUUAUCCAGAGCAACUUCAGAGGUCAUAAAGAACGUAAAAGACUCCAAGAGGAGGGGAAGAUGCCGGUUAGAGGGAAGGAGACAAAGAGUCUUCCAGUUGAUGAGGAGCUUCCUAUUCCAGAUCCACCACCUCCAGAAGAACUGAUGGAAUUCACUGAGGAAAUGGAACAGGAAGAUGAGACCCCAGCUCAACCACCAGGAGAAGAUGAAGAAGCCAAAGCUGCUGUGGUUCUUCAGAGCAACUUCCGUGGCCACAAAGAGCGUAGAAGACUCCAGGAGGAAGGCAAAGUCCCCAAGAAAAAGACAAAUGAAGAUAUGGUUAAUCCAGAUGCUUCAGAACUAGACAUUUCUCUUGAGGAACUUCCACCACCUCCAUUAGAAUUCGAGCAAGACAGUCAGUCUCCAGGGACAGAUGAAGAACAUGCUGCAACUGUUUUACAGAGCAAUUUCAGAGGACACCAGGAGAGAAAGCGAUUGAGAGCAGAGAGAGAAGGAGCCAUUGGGAAAGAACAAGAAAUGGCACAAGAGGCGGAGGAGCAGGAGAACGAGGAAGCUCUGGACAUCACAGAUGUUCAGCUGGAACAGAAGGGGGUAGAAGAAGAGGAGGAUUCUCGGGCUGAGGAAGCCCAAUAUGAUGAGGAGCAGGCAGCCAUUAAAAUGCAGAGCAAUUUUAGAGGUUACAAAGACAGAAAGAACCUGAAAGCUACAUCACAAAAACAGGAUGAGGAAGUGGAGUCGCUCUUCAAACAGGUAACCAAUGCCUCUGAAGAUUACUUAUCACUGCAGAAGAAGUUAAAUGAAAUCAUCCUUGCCCAUCAGCUCAACCCCAGCAAAAAUGGAAUGUUUGUGAAAGGACAACCUAUGAAUGGCUACAUGGGCUGUUACCAGCCACCAGCCGACACAAAGCAGUCACGAACGUCUCGCCGCACACAACAGCCAAAGACCCUGAACACACCAGAGGACGCCACAUACUACACACUCAUUCACAGGUCUGUCCAGGAAGAUAAAAGGAGGCCAAGAAAACAAAGGUAAAUCAAUUAGAAGACAUGUUAUACUAAACAAAAAUGUGCCCUCUCCUGUAGCUGCUUUGCAGACAGAAUGACAAAAGCUGUGUUUGGAAUGGAAUACUAGUGUACCACAUAUUGCAUAUGACACAC